AUGAGGCUUGCUAACAUGUUCGCUACUAUCAAGGCUUCGCUUGAAGAUGCUGAGGAGAAACAAUUCUCACACACAGCUGUUAAGGAUUGGCUGAAAAACCUAUAUGCUGCUGCUCAUAUGGUGGAAGACAUUAUUGAUGAUUGUGCCUAUGAAGCAUUCGGGUUGGAGUACCAAGGAGUCAAAGGUGAUCGAUCAUACAAGUUAACUAAGACUGAAAUGAUUGCGGAGAGAAGAAAUGAAGUCAUUGAGGAGCGCCAAACUACCAUUUUCAGCCUAAAAGUUCAUGGAAGAGAAAUUGAUGUUGAUAGGAUUUUAGUCUGCUUGUUGACUGAUGGUCGUUCUAGACAUUACCAUAGCUCUGAAGAGUAUUUAAAGGUCGUUCCAAUUGUAGGUGACGACGGAAUUGGAAAAACUACAAUUGCCAAACUCAUCUUCAAUCAUCGGAUGGAUUGGGAAAGAUUUUCUUGGAACUGGCGGAGGUUGAAAUCAGUAUUAGAUUGUGGGAAAAAGGGUGCUUCCAUUUUGGUCACUACUUGUCUUCCAGAGGUUGCAAAAAUCAUGGGAACAUUAGCUCCAUAUAAAGUGUCAAUGCUAUCAUUUAUGGAUGGUUGGGAAUUGUUUAAAAGCCAAGCCUUCAGACCGAACAAAGUAAAACAGGAAGAGCUUGCGGUGAUAGGGAACGAGAUAGUAAAGAAGUGUGGGCAAAUACCUCUUGCAAUAAAAGUAGUGGGAGGUCUUCUACGCUUCAAAAGAGAGAAAGAAGAGUGGCUCUAUGUUAUGAAUAGCAACAUUUGGAAGUUACCACAAGUUAAAAACUGCGUAACACCUGCCCUGAUAUUAAGUUACUUGGACUUAACAAUAAGACUCAAACAAUGUUUUGCUUAUUUUUCAAUGUUUCCCAAAGGUGAAACAAUAGGGAAACAAUAUUUAAUUGAACUUUGGAUGGCUAAUGGAUUCAUUUCAUCUAGUGAAAAAUUAGAUGUUGAAGAAGUUGGGGAUGAUGUGUGGAAUGAAUUAUAUAAUAGAUCAUUUUUUGAGGAUAUUAAGACAGAUGAAUACGGAAUCAUCACAAGUUUUAUGAUGCAUGAUCUUGUCCUUGAACAUGCAAUCUUAGUUGCAAAAGACAUAAUAUUUUCGCCAAAAGAUGAAUUUGGACUUUUAUUGGAUUCAACAGAGUUCCAGCACGUGAGGACCUAUCUAAUGCCAGAUGGGUACAGUGUCCACUUUCCCCCCGGGGUAUUUAAACUUCAUUAUUUGCGGGUGCUUCACUUGCGAGUAAGGGGAGAAUUGUCACCUUCAAUUGGUGAUUUAAAGCAUCUAAGAUACUUGAAUCUUUCCAAGAGUGACUUCAAAACUCUUCCAGAUAUCCUCUGUAAAUUGUGGAAUUUGCAAAUCUUGAAAUUAGACUAUUGUAAACAUCUCCAAAGGUUACCCAACAGUUUGACAGACUUAAAAUCUCUUCAAAAGCUAUCUUUUAAGGAUUGCCACAAACUAUCAAGCUUGCCUCCUCAGAUGGGGAAGUUGACUUCCCUGAGGAGUUUAACAUCGUACUUUGUCGGCAACGAAAGAGAGUUCUUUUUGGCAGACUUGGGAGCGCUGAAGCUGAGAGAAGAUCUUGACAUCAAGAAUCUCGAAAAAGUGAAAAGUGUUAAUGAUGUCAAAGAAGCCAAUAUGUCAGGUAAGAGAUUGAGUCAGUUAAGGUUGUCAUGGGACAGAAAUGAAGAGACCAAAUUAGGAGAAGAUGUUGAGAAGGUUCUUGAAGUGCUUCAACCAAAUACCCAACAACUUGUGAGUUUGACAGUAACAGGAUACCCAGGUGCCCUUCUCCCAAGAUGGAUGUUCAGUCCUUCUCUGAAGAAAUUGCAGAUUGAAAGAUGCAGAAAGCUGAGAAGUUUGCCUGAGGCUUUACAAGGCAUGAAUGCCCUGCAAUCGUUAAGAUUGAACGAUCUUCCAAAUCUAGAAUCCUUGCCUGAUUGCUUUGAACACCUGUUCUGUCUUCGCCAAUUAGCUAUUGGCUUCUGUGGCAAGUUGAGGCGUCUUCCAAUUACCCGAAGACCGAACUUGAGAUUGGAGAUUUACGCUUGCCCUGAGUUAGAGAAGCUACCACAGCGUUGGGCAGUACCUGGAGAUUCAGAAAUUAUAGUGAAUGGUUGUCUUAGAAGAGAAAAAUUAUGUGCAUUACUCACAGAGGAUGAAAGAUCUUACGAGAGGGAAACAUUGAUCCUUAGAUCUGGUUUCAGAUUCACCGAUGACCAUGAUCUUUGA